AAAUCAUCCCUGAGUUCCUCUAAGCUGGCCAAAGGCAAAUCCAAAACGAUGCACUGUGUGUCACAUCAGUAAAACAUCUGAAUUACAGAGGGAACCAGCUGCUCUCACUGAAGUCGACUGCAAAUGCUGCCUGAUCUGCUGAGUGUUUUCAGCAUUCUCUGUUUUUAUUCCUAACGAAACUUAACGAAACUGGAAACGGCUAUAGAGGUACCGGCAUGAUGGUGGUCUUCUUAAAGCAGGUCAACCAAAAGUUCAGCAUGCAGACUGCAACAGUUGAACAAAAUCUUGCCAACAUAUCCAUAAGUGGCCAUAGCAAUGAAACCCACACCCACAAGGAGCCCUAUCUACAUAAACUUGCGCAUCUCGAUGAAGCUCUUUACAAUGAUUACUACAGUCUGUGGCUCGCCUUGAUGAUAAUUAAUGUUCUCAUAUUUGUAGUUGGCAUUGUCCUCAACAGCGUUGCAUUGUAUGUUUUCUGUUUUCGUACCAAGACUAAAACAACAUCUGUCAUCUACACCAUAAACCUGGUAAUCACGGAUUUGAUGGUGGGUUUCUCCUUACCGACCAGGAUAAUAAUGUAUUGCAGUGGUGGCAAAUGCUUGACAUGCUCAUUUGUGCACAUUUUCAGCUAUUUUGUGAACAUGUACUGCAGCAUCCUGUUCCUAACCUGUAUCUGUGUAGACAGGUACCUUGCCAUCGUCCAGGUCGAAGCAUCACGCAAGUGGAGGAACCCCCACUAUGCCAAAGGGAUUUGCGUCUUUAUCUGGCUCUUUGCCAUUAUUGUCACCUACUCUAUACUUUCCACUGCAAUCAAGUAUGCUGCUUGUUGUCUGUCUAAGCUCUUUGCUCUGACAGUAUUUGAGUACUUUCUGCCUUUACUGAUCAUCACGGUCUUCACCAUUAGGAUCAUGUGUGCCCUUGCCAAACCAAACUUAAUGCAGCAGAGCAGAGAACGGCGUAUGAGAGCUGUCCAACUUCUAGUCACUGUCCUAGUCAUUUUCAUGAUCUGCUUCACACCCUUUCAUAUCCGUCAGGUUGUGAUCUACAUCAACCCUGAUAUCCCGCUGCAUAUCAGCCUAAUCGUAUACCACGUCACGGUGACCCUCAGUAGCCUCAAUAGCUGCUUGGAUCCAAUUGUCUACUGCUUUGUCACUAAUAACUUCCAGUCCACUAUGAGGAACAUCUUUGUCAAGACUGAGCCUGAACAAAUCAGUGGAGAUAUAAUCAGCAUGCAGAAAAGCUCCAAAGUAUCCACAGUAAAGUAAGUGUAUGCAAACAUGAUGAUGAACGACCCUGCACUGAACGGUGAACGAUGAACAGAACAUGAAACAUUGCUGUUCAAAUAUGAAGAUGGGGACUAAUGUGUCAUGAGUUUUUUUCUAAACUUCGCCUUUUGUUUUAUUUUGUGCCUUGACGUUCAUAAUACAUCAUUUUGUACAGUUAAGGUGAAAUAUAUUGAAGGUCUUCUUUAUUAGACAAUAAUGGCAGACCUGCUUUUUCAGUUUAGGUUAUGUUCCAUUAGUUGUAAAACUAUACAGUGUUGGCUGACAAAAAGAGAGAAACAAAGAUGCAAUGUUUGCUUCAUUGUUUUAUAAUAUGGGAUAGAAAUCCUUGGCCCUUGGCCAAAUGCAACGGAAAAAGCUUUGUUCUCCUUGUAAAAGCAGACUUUUCAGAGAGAAAUCAGCAAUGUUUAUACACCUGUCUGUUCUCUCUUUCCAUUCUUACUAAUUCUCUUUGGGUGAUGCCUGAGAAAUGUUGAAUAUAUUUUGUGAAGUUCUGUAAUUUAUUAACCACAAGCAUACCUAAAAAUUUAUAAAGCUGUGUAGAUAUAAAAUAGCCACUGGAGUUGUCAUUGGGUAGACAGGAUGAAGAUCGAUGCAUUCAGACCUCCAUUUUCUGAGAAACUCCUUCAUCUAGCCUGAUGUUUCAGAAAUGUAAUAUAGUGAAAGGGUGUGUUGCAGAUUGGGAAAGAAUAAAUGCAUUUAAACUACUCAAAAGUGGGCUCAGUGUGAAUGUUAAGCAGUUCUUUUUCUGAUGAGUGGUAGGGCUUCAGAUAUUUCCAGACACCAUCAUAAGUUUGUGCAUCAUCUUGGUUUCUGUUCAAGACUACAGUGAUUCCACUACAAAAACACUGCCCUACUUUUGACAAGAAACCUUUGAUGCCAAUCACCUGGGUGGUACAGGGAGUUUGUUUGGGUUUACUGAAUCCAGAAAAUGGCUCUCAAAUAUGGUUUUGUGAAAGAACUCUUCUGGAGCUAUCAGUCUGGUCAAUCACUCCCUCACGUCAACCCAUGCUGCCCAUGUUCCCAGCAAAGACAUUAACCUUUCAUCUUCAUUGUACUUUGAUCCAGAUGCAAGGAGGUCAGAACAAAUGAUAUACAGAUAGUUUAGAUAUUCAUCACCAGAUUUGGAUUGGCUAAAUUAAAUAUCACCCAGAUUCUACUUGUUUACAUCCAGUCAUAAUCAGAGAAUCUCCCCCACUUCUUCACUAUAUCAUUGAAAUGCCCUAAUCCAUGCCCUGUUCCUAUUUCUAAUCUACAUGCUGACUCUAUGCAAGGGUGAUAGAAAGGAGUUGAACAAGAAAGCAAGGAUUAGCACUUGAAGUUGUCUAAUCUACUCAUGAUACCUAGCUCAGCACUUCUUGUCUCAGCCAUGCUACUCUGUGCUGUUGGCCUAUCUUGGUAGGCCUAACAUUCUGCAAUUAAACCUUUGAAAGUUUAAACAUAGUCUUCUCCUGCUUCCACACGCCUUUUAUCACUGCCACCAAUUCUCUUUCUCUCUAGCCACUGUCACAGACUGCACUGCAAACUGCAGCUAAUCACCAAGGCUGCUCCUACAGCAUCCCCCAAACCAACAAGUUCUAAUUACUAAAAGUCAAGGGCAACAGGUACAGAGGAAUGCCCCACGGAGCUCAUAUCCUCAUACCUAUACACUAUCCUGUUCCCUCCUGGUUCAAUCCCUUCCCACCUACAUCCGUGUGAUUCCAGGUACACAGGAAUGCCACAAUCUGCAGUUUCCCUCCAAGACACACAUCGUGCUUGAAAUAUAUUGUUCCUCCUUCAUUGUCACUUGGUCUAAAUCCUGGAACUCCCUACCCAACAGAAUGGUACCUUCACUAAAAGGACUGCAGAUGUUAAAGGAGGUGGCUCACUACCACCUUCCCGAGGGCGAUGGGGAUGGGUAAUAAAUGCUGGCCUUGGCAGUAACAUCCUCAUCCCAUAAAAAUAAAAUUAAAAGAUGCUGAAGAGCUGACCAAGAUGAGAUUGUAAGCUGAAACACAUAUAAGACUAUUUUGUGCAUCUUGAUAAAGGAGUGAUUACCAAAUAUGGGAACAGUUGUUUGGAGACCUAUUAAACAGCUGUGUGAAAACUGACAAAACAAUGAAAAGCUUUUCUUUAUGCCCAUGUGUCCAAAUGGACAGCUUGUUAAUAUAACGUUUCAGGCCAGUACACUAUUGAUGUUCUGCCACAAGAUGCUAUCAGUAAUGAAUGGGUCAAAGUCCAUUUAGAAAUCAGAGUAAAUGCAUCUAGUGAUAAAAUAUUAAUCACAGAUGACUUCACAGGUUUUCAUGUUGCUUGGGCCUCAGGGUACAAUAACCAAACUCACUCUGAUGACUGUUACAAUGCCUAUUUACAACAUAAUCCUCAUCAUCUUUAAAACUGUCAUUUUAUUACCCUAAAAGACAAGAGGUUCCUUACAUUUUCAGAUGAAUGAAUGCACCAAUGUUGUUACCAGUUUAAUUUCUUCAAACCAUUAUCUGAUCUUCUUGGAAUGAGGAGGAGGUUUUACAGUCAGCAAUCUCACAGCAUGACUAAGUGUUCCAAGAAGCUUGUUGCCUCUGAAGUUAAGAGAAAUAAAUGCCAUCCUGCUUUCCCCAUCAUGCCAUUCAUCUGUUGAGAAUACCAAGUACUGUAGUGUAGGUGAUUGGAAAGAUGGCAAAUACCAAUAAUCUGAAACAGCAGGACCUAUAGAGUCAGACAGCAUUAGUGAAAAGGCAACUUAAUAUCUUCAUCCCAAAAUUCAGACAGAGCAAGUUGGACAUAGAAUAUAUUGUGAAAGAAAUUACUUGUUUUAAAUAAAACAAUGCUUAAUAAAUUUGUGUUUAUAAGAACUACAUUUGUUGAAUUUUGUACAUAGUAAAAUGUGUGUAACCCUUUGAAAUCACAGGAAGCAAAUUCUAUAAGGUAAUGACUCUCGAAUUGGCAACAAAAUGUCUGAGCUUUCGAAGAUUUGUAUUCAGUUGAAGCAUUUAAGUUUGUAAUACAUCAAUUAAGAUGCUGUUCCAUGUAUAGCUAGAAUAUAAUCAGUUUAAGCUACCAUAGGUGCUCUGCAAUUUACUUAUGCAACUUUCAGUACACAUCAAGGAGCAUGGGUCCUCUAUUGUGCUUGUUCGGCUGUGUGACAUAUAAAGGAUGUCACUUAUACCUUUUAAAAGCAGCAAGUUUUCUUAAUUCAGUGUCCACGCCAGCACACUCUCAAUGAACACCACUGAUGUACAUGCAACAAAUUUUCUUCUGUAAGAGGAUUAUAAACAUUUUAUUUAAGUAACUGUCUGAAUUGUUCACAUAAUGAUUCUGAUGUAUUACUUGA